CCCUGCCGCUGCCGCCACCCCCAGUCGCAGCUCAGCUGGUCCCAGAGGCAUCAUGGCGCAGCUCCUCUCAACCUCAUCCCAGCUCUGUCGCCAGCUCCUCAGCCGCUCCUUUAUGGGGAGAGCUGUUGGGGUCAGGACUAUAGCAACCACUGCCAGGUGUGAUGAACUGUCAUCAGAGAAUCAGGAGGAUGCUGUCCAAUACCGACCUUCAACUGCGCAGGCACCAAGGAUGACGGAUAUUGGUAUCCGAUCCAUUUUUAAUGAAGACCAUGAUAUCUUAAGGGCAUCGGCAAGAAAAUUUUUCAACGAAGAGGUUUUACCGUACCAUGCACAAUGGGAGAAGGAUGGGCAGAUCUCUCGUGAAUGUUGGCUCAAAGCGGGCGAGCAAGGUUUUUUGGGGACAGACACAUCUGCGGAAAUGGGUGGCAUUGGUGGUGACUUCAAAGAUGCUUCAAUUAUUAUGGAAGAACAAAUGUAUGUGAACUGCUCUGGACCUGGAUUUUCUCUGCAUUCUCAUAUUACUAUGCCUUACAUUACAAAAUAUGGCUCCCAAGAACAAAUUGACAAGUACAUCCCUGAAAUGGUUGCAGGACGCAAGAUUGGAGCAAUCGCAAUGACAGAGCCCGGGGCUGGCAGUGAUCUGCAGGGUGUGACCACAAAUGCUCGAAGAGAUGGCGAUGACUGGAUCCUCAAUGGCUCCAAGACCUUCAUUACCAACGGGUACUUGUCUGACGUAGUUAUUGUUGUAGCUGUCACUGAUCCCAAUGCUAAAACGAAAGCUCAUGGCACAUCUUUGUUCUUGGUCGAUGAAGGAACACCAGGCUUUAGAAAAGGUCGCAAGUUGGAGAAGAUGGGACUGAAAGCACAGGACACUGCCGAGCUGUUUUUCGAGGAUGUCCGCUUACCGGCCUCUGCCUUGUUAGGGAAAGAAAAUAAUGGAUUUUAUUACCUUAUGAAUGAGUUGCCACAGGAACGCCUCCUAAUUGGCAUUAUGUCGUGUGCCAGUUGUGAGUGGCAGUUGGAAGAGACUCGAGCAUAUCUAAUGACUAGGAAGGCAUUUGGCAAGACAUUGUCAAAUCUCAAGACAAUUCAGCAUAAACUGGCAGAAAUGAAGACGGAAAUAUGUGUUGCACGUGCCUUCACAGACCAGUGUAUUGACUUGCAUAAUGUUGGCAAGCUGGAUGGUAGCAUGGCUUCCAUGUGUAAAUAUUGGAUGUCUGACAUGCAGAACCGUGUGUCCUAUGAGUGUGUGCAGCUCCAUGGUGGCUGGGGAUACAUGUGGGAAUAUCCAAUCUGCAAGGCCUAUGUUGAUGCAAGAGUCCAGACCAUCUAUGGCGGUUCCAAUGAGAUAAUGAAGGAACUUAUUGCCCGUCAGAUUGUUGGUGACAAAAGGCUUUGAGUUGUCACAGGGGAAUAGUGAUACAUCCAUCUAUGCAAUGACAUCAGCAGUUUAUCUGGGUCGUACAAAAUUUGACAGGGUAUUUUGAAUUAAAACGAAUGGCAUAAAAGUUUGUGUCUUCGCCUUAAUCAAGGUUAUACCUAAUCCUGGGAGUUAAUGUAGCAAAAUGUUCAUUUUUAUAAAAACAAUUUCAUCUCUAAUGGGUUAAAUAUAUUUUUCUUAGAUUCAACAUGAUGGGAGACGGUUAAGUUGUACUGAAAUGAAAACCGAGCCAAGAAUUGCCUCAAUUUCUCUAAAAUAACUAAGAUCUUAAACAUCCAUGUGGUUUUCAGGAUUAUGGUCCAUAAUAUAUUGUAGAAGUUCUGUGCAUUUAAUUUUGCAUUUGUGUUGCAGUGUCUAAAAAAUGUGAUGUCCUCACUCUCAUCUGCCCCGCUUUCCUUCCAUUACCUAACAUUUAAAGAUUUUACACACCACACUUUUGAUAGCCAUGCAAAGCAGUUACCAUGUGUAAUAUAUUUUUUGUAAGGUAAUCAUUCACUUUGCAACUUAACCAAAAAUAUAGCUGUCAUGCUUGUCACUGUACAUACCGUGUGAUUUAAGCAGUUCUCUCUUUAAAAAAAAUCUUGAUGAAUAUCGGUUUGGACAUUUAAAUAGAACAACUUUCUAACCAUUCUUCUUUGCGUUCUCGUGAGUGACAUUCGGUUUCGUUUGUUCUAACUAUAUCAUGCUGCCUCAUACAAGGAUCUAAUUUAAAUUGCAUGUCCGAUGUUGGAUGUGUCAUUGUAGACUUAUAGUAAAUAGUGAUAAAUUAACAAUGCAAUUAGUUUUUAUAAAACACGUUUCCUUCCUCAUACUGGUUACUUGUAAAUGGAAGCAUACACGUCAGUAUUCAGAUAAUGGAUUUGUAGAAAUACUAUACAAAUAUGGCUUGCAACUAUUCAUUUAUUAUCAUUUAACUUGAAGAUUGGUGUUAAUGCAGGUGGUUUGACCUCGAGUACAGUAUCUGUAAUUUUUCUUUACCUUUUUUAUGUAAGUGCCUUCUUUUGAUAAUUACUUACCUUUUAUGUAAGUUAUAGUAUUUUGUUGCUAAAUUGUGUAAUGGAAUACGUUUACUUCCAGAAACAUUAUUAAUGAUCGGUGAUGGUAUACUAAAUAUUUUUUUUACGUGAAGUAAAUAUUCAGGGAGUAAUAGUAUUGGUUCCUGAUUGGCAAUUCUUGAAUAAAAAAACUAUUAAUUGGUCAUUUAAAAGCACUGAUUUCAUUCACAUGUUAAGUAGUACAUGAUUAUUAAAAUUUACAUAAAAGCUAAAAUAUAUUUUAUAGUUUUCAAAUAUAUGCAUUUUUCUUUUUACAUAUUUGAAAAUUGGUACUAUGUUUAUGAAAGUAUAAAUUAAAUUGGAGGUAAAUAUUUAAAUGCAGUAUGGUACAAAUAUUUAAACCAUUCAGUGCCUAUAUUUAAUGUAAUCUUAUUUAUCCUAGUCGUAACCAUUUUAACUUGGAGAGUAGACACUUUGUCUUGAUAUGUUAAAUAUAUAUAGACACAGGCAAAUGUAUAUGUUAAAAACUCCCCUUGUGUGCUGCAAUCAUUGCCCUCUUGUGUUAAGAUUGCUUAUAAACUUCUUAGGGAAAUGUACAUCUGCUGCUAUUGAGAAUACAAUGCUGCACGUGUUCAGUAGGCCUAUUUGAUUUUUUUUUAUACAGUAUAUUUUUAUGAUGUAAAUAGAAUUUUCAAAUUGUUUAAAUACCUAUGACUGAAGCACUGGAAGUUGCAUGCAAGAUACAUAAAGCAUAUAUUGUUUAACGUGUAUUUCAGUGAAAUAUUACUGAACUACAAACUAUGGCAUCAAGGCAGUGUUCUAGGAGGAGGCCGAGAUAAAUGGUCUCGGCUACAACACUUGUCCUUUACCUCGGCUAUGAAGGAGCAACAUUAAAUAUGAAAUGUAACGAAGUUUGUUAUAUUGAACUAAUUUGAAUCUAUUUUUGAUACUCCUGAUGCUUUUAUAUAUUUGAAGUGCAUAAUUUUAUUUAGGGUAAUAUUCAAGUGCUUUAUAUUUAAUUUUUUUUUUUUUUAAUUUGUAAUACAGUAAUCCCAUAUUUGUGCUUACUUGAUAAUUUGAUUUUAUCAUUUUUAGUUAACUACAUUAUUUAAUUGUUAUUUAUACAUUAUAAAUAACAUGUAUAAAUUAAAGACAUUAAAUUGUCUCGACUUGUGCAAGAAGAAACAAUCGGGAUUUAUUUUCUAGAAUAUUUAAUGUGUUGCAAUUCGGGUUCAAUAAAUUGCAAUAUGUUCUAAUAUCAUUUUUACCAUAUUUAUUGCAGCCAUAAUUACUAGUACGUGUGAAAGAUGUGUGUGUAAAAUACUUCUUAAAGACGUGUGUAUAAUUUCAAGUACUGUAUUGUACCUCUACAUAAGAAGAUUUGAAUGACAUACCAACAAUGCAUUAUUGUAAGGAUCGCAAAUUUAUAACUAGUUCAAUUCUGUUCAUUUAAUCAUUUUGUGUGAUUUUGAAAUAAAUAGCAAUAGGCACA